AGAAAAUCCAGUAUGAAGAUUUCGCAGCACUCUAGAAACAGAAAAGAUCUUCAAUGAAUAUGUUAACUUCUAUCCCGCCAACAAAUCGAAUAGUCACUCUGAACAUGUAAAGAAAUACUAACACAUAUUUAGUCAUACAGAAUAAUGGCGGAGGCAUCAGCUGGACAAAAAAGGUCCCCUAGAAAGGUCCAACCAGUCUCUGGACUGAAAAAAAGCCCAUCUUACCGUGAAGCCCAAGAACUUCUAGAGCAACAUAUAAAGCGGCAAAAAUUAUUGAAGAAAUAUAGUGGCCAAUCACCAAUUCAGAGUACUCAUGAUGUGAGAAAAGAAGCUGAAAAAAUUCUGAAUGAAUUUCUCAAAAGACAGCUUCGAAAUGACAGUAAACAAUCACCUAUACUAAGUCAACACUAUCAAAAAGUUGUUGUGGAAGAUGAAUAUGACAGGACAGAAAGAUUUGAUGAUGAAUAUAUAAUGAAAGGUGAAAAUUUUUCUGGAGAUGAAAUGCCAGGAGCUUAUGCCUCAGUUGAUGGAAUUGAUGACAUUCCCUAUAUAGAUGGUGUUGAAGAAAACGAUGGUCGAUCAAGAAGUCUGCCAAGUAGUAUUCAACUCUCUGUAAAACGUCCAAAUAACAUUCCAGUGACUCCAUUACUGAGUCCCAAUGAUGUAGUAAUUCACAGUAACAAUAGAGUAAAAUAUAGGACUAAUGAUGAUGAAGUUUCUCCAUCUAUCAGCAGUCACUCAAAAUCUCCAAGUCCUCGACAGUCCAAAUCUGUUGAUGUUAAACCUGCUGAACCAGUUGUAAAAGAACGAAGAAGAUUCAAAUCUGGAUCCUUGUCAUCUGAAGAUACUGAAUCUGGAUCAGUAAUGUCCCCUGAUCGUAAAAAGAAAUCUGUUAUUAAACGAAUACAGGAGAGAAUAGCAAGGGCAGUAAGUCGUGAUAGAGAAAAACAGGACAAUAAUGGCAAUGGUUCUCCCAAAGUUUCAAAGAAACCAAAGAAAAGAAAAGCUAGGUCAAAGAAACGCACAGACAAACACAAUGACGAUGUUGAUAUUUUAAAAGAAAAACAUACCCACAGAAAGGGUCAUGUUGAACAACAUCAUUGUGGUGAAAAUAAAGAUAUACUUUUGAGAACCGAUGAAACCUGGGAAUCAACAGAUAUAACAGACUUUGAGAAAUCUCAAAGUCAACACUUAGAUAAACAUAGAAAAGUUAAAGAAAGUACAGAUCUGAGUGGUUCAUCAGAGAAAGGAUUCUUUAAUGCCAUUAGGAGAAUGACCUCCAAAAAAGGGAAGAAAAAUAAAUCAUCUAAAGCUUCAAUUAAAUCAUCACAGUCAGCAAUCAUACAAGAACCAACUGGUGGUAAAACAACUGUUUCUUACGACAGAAUCUUAUCAUUACCAAGUGGGUCACAUGACCUUAAUCUCCACCUUACAGAAACCACAACUCAGACAAACAAAGGAAAAUAUCGUCAAACAACCAAAGCCAUAACAUCCCCCAGAUCACAUGACAGGCAGCAAGAUGCACAAGGUCUUCCAAAGAUGGGUCCUAUUCAUGAAAAGUCACGAUCUGAACCAGUCCAACCCACCGUGCCAAUGAUAACAAAUGGCCAUGAUCCGGUUCCAAACACCAUACCACAUGGUUUCACCUUCCGUCAAGUAUCGAGGGAAGAAGAUGUCAGGCUUCCACAGAAUCAAUCAUUUAACAUUAACUAUAGUAUUGAUGAGAAAGAGCGGACAAUCAGAACAAAGAAUGGUGAUGUGAUUGUAGAGUCAGAUGUACAUAGGUCUAGCUUAGAACCAAACGAUGUAGAAGUAGAUGGCUCAGGUAUGUCAGUGGCAGCUGGUGGCAGAUCUCCUCCUCAAUCCAUACCCAAAGAGGAAAAGUUGCAAGAAGAAUCUGAUAUAGAAGAUGACCCCUGGAUAAGCUUGGUGGCACAGCGUAUUGCUGAAAUGGGGGAUAGCUAUAUAUCAGGGGCUAGUCAGGUGGGAUCUCCUGUUAGUAACCCUGAUGAGAGAGAUGGUGAAGGUCUAACAGAGCUACAGAGGAGGUUAAGAGACAGUUUUAGAGACUUCGGAGACACAGUUAAUGAGACGCUUUCUUUGUCAGUUGAACCACAACAGGCAGCUCUUAAUAUUGCCAGGCAAGUGACCUAUACUAAAUUCAAAGACACGGUACAGGAUUUGGUCGGUGACAAUAUUGGGUGGCAGCAGUUAGCCAUGGUAUUCUAUGUAACAAAGAAAGCCACACAGCUAGCAGGAGCUGGUGGGGCAGUGGCAUCACAGCUAAAAGAGAAUUGUUUACAAUAUGUAGAGGAUCAUUUUGCCAGUUGGAUAUUGAAUCAAGGUGGCUGGGAUUCAGUGUUAGAGUCAGAUGAAACAGAUUUUGAUGUGGAUUAAUGACUAUGAACAUUACACAUUUAAUAGCUCAUAUUGAAACCUGAUCUCCACAACAGUACCAUAUUUGUAUCUGCGUUUAUACAUUAUUUAUGACUUGGAGGAGAAAAUCUGAAACUCCCUUUAAGAUACUAUAGAUUUUAAUUUGAUAAUGGCAAUAAAAUUGUACAUAUUAUAUUAUAGUAAGCCAUUUAUAGAACAAAUAUAUAAGAGCUGUGAUCCUUAAAAUAUUGUUGUGAUAAUCAAUAUUGUAUUUCAUUUAUUAAAAAAGAACUGAGUAUAUUUGUACCGCAUUAGGUAAGAAAGUCACUCGCAUAUACAAAAAGUCACAAUUCAGUUUUGAUUCUUUCAUGAACUAUGAUAUGCACGUAUAAACAUGAUAAAGCAACUUUGUUAUAAGAAUUUAUUCAAUAAAUAUCAAUAGCGAUCAAAUACGUGUUUUGAAAUAAAAUGUCAAAGUGUCUUGGUACUCAAAUAGCUUCAUGGUGCCAAGAAAGAUAUCCUUAGCAUGAUUUAAAUUUGAUAAAAUUUCAUUCAUCAAGGGUUAUGAACAAUUUCCCAAACUUAAAAAUGAAUAUAUGUAAUAAAAAGAAAAUAUUUCAAGAUCUUCCUCACUGGAAUAAUUGUCAACAACUUAUUUGUGACUGUUUGUGUUUGUGUAUUUUUAUACUAUCAAAUUUGUGACUUAAGGUCCUGUGACUUUUUGUCCUGUGAUGUUUUGUCCGAUUAACAUUUGAACCUUAGGACUGGUCUCUUACUAUAUAAAGGUAUACACAGAGGUGCCACUGACAUUGGUAAUUUUUUCAGAAUGUCAAGUACCUUUGUACCUGAAUGUAUAAGUAAGAACAAACACUGUGAUUUGUACCAUGCUCCUGUGUCAGAAUGAAAUGUUGUUAAAUUCUUUAUACUAGGGAAAAUGUCUUCUAUUAACACGUUUACUAUAUUAAAACUUACCAUAAGACAAAUAAAAGGGGAGAUAAUUAUUUGUGGAUACUUUUUUUAUGGAAUCAAUAAUUUGUCAAACCAAAAUGUGAAUUUUUAUUGCCAUUAUUUGGUGUGUCAAAUUUUUGGAUAUAAUUUCAAGAAAAUUGUUCGAUUAGUUUAGUUUGCUUUUCAUAAAUUUUUCAACCACAAAUAAGGACAUUUUCAGUCUUAAUUAUUCAUUUUGAUGUUUUAGUAUUAACAAUGCCAUAUAAUAAAUCCAUAUUCCAAUUUUACUCAGUGCCAGUAACUUAUUGCCAUAUUAACCAACAUAUAUAUUUUUACUGUUGACAUGAGGGACAACAACAAUAUAUUUUAUUGCUUAUAUUUAAAGGUAGAUAAUUUGUUAUAGCUUUUUUGAUAUUUGAUUAUUCAUAACAAACUAUUCCUCCUGAACAAUUGGUAUUUUGAAUCAUAAGACUUGCAUGCUUUUUAUUUGUAAAAAAAUGAUUUUCAUAUUGAGAUAAAGUGUAUUUCUUUCACACUGCAGAAUCAUGAAAUUGACAAACAAAAAUUGUGCUUUGGAAUUAUGUGUAGGUUGGUCAUACCAUUCAUACAAAAUGUGGAAAAUAUGAUGAAUUGUCAAAGUCUGCAGUCUUGUAGGUUCACACUAUAUCCAUUCUAAUCAAAGAAGUGUUAAUACAUCUUUGAAAAAAGAAUUGCUUGAAGAAUACCUUUAUUCAGUCUUAACCAUUCUGUCAUGUUCUAAAUAUUUUUGCAUUGAAGUUGAUUGUUUUGCCUUAUCAGUUUUCAUGUUUAUGAAUAAUUUGUGAUAUGUUCAAGUGCUACUUAUACAGUUAAGUUUUAUUUUAAAAUUUUAUUUCUAAUGAUUUGUAUUUGCUCAAUCACUGAGGUGGACCUCUAUUUAUAGUCUCCAUUUCUUGCAUAAUUUUCAUUUUAUUGAUAUGUAAGUUAGUAAGAUAAAGUGUAGUUUGUUAAAUAGUAAGGAUUGUAGUGUUAAUUUAUUGUAAACAAAGGACUCUAAUGAAACAGCAACCCAAUGAAAUAAAAAAAACAAGAUUUCGAACAAUCAUUCAGCCUUCAACAAUAGACCACCAUAUUAAUGUAUUUAGCUCUUAAGAUUUGAGAUUAUGUUUACAACGAAUGAAAUAAGGACAAGUAAAUCAGAAAGAACAAAAUGUAUAGAACAAAAUUGAUGUUUGAAAAUUAGAAUGAACAUGCAAGAUUAUGAGUGUUUUGAAUUUAAACCUAAGGAUCUGUAAAAAUUAACAAAUGAAUGUAUGAUUAUUUAACCACAUAGUUAAAGUUUCCUUAUUUUAAAGGAAUGAAGUUUCUAAUUGUAAAAGUUUGUAUUUAUAUAUUUUAUAUUUUUUUUCACACAACAAAGGAGUAAGUUCGGUAAGGGCCAUAUUUGGCCCCAAUUAUAAAGUUCAUAGUUACAAGACAAUAAAUGUUUUAAGUUGCCUUAAAGACAUGUUAGAAAGUUAAACAGAACUGUUUUUGUCAAAGUUUAAUUCUUACACGUUGAUUUUUACAUCCAAAAAAGGUCAAAAUAAGGGAUUUUGUUGAAAUUUGACAAAAUCAGCUAGAUUUCAACCAAAUGAAGGACAAGGAAACAUAGUGCGCAGGCGUCUACAAGCCUAAGAUUCAAAUAAGACAUGUGAAAUGUCUACACAAACAUUAUUUUAAAAGAUCUUUGUUGUCGACGCAUGCGCUCUAUGUUUCCUGUCCAAUUAUCUAUUACAAUUUACCCAUUUUCAUUGAUUUUUUCAUGAAAAAUCAAUAUGAGUACAACUUGUGACGUCAUAAAGAAACGCAGAAACGUAAAAUUUUCAACAAAAUGGUUUAUAUCCUAGCUAGUCAAUGUAUUAGCUGUAAUUUAUCGUGAUAUUGGAUGAUAAAUCUGAAUUUGAAAUUUACGCUAAAAAAGGGGGCCAUUUUAGGACCUUAUCGAACAUACUCCUUUCUGAUCUAGUUGAUGUUAAGGCAGCUUAUUGUCUAUAACAUUCCCUUGUAAAUAUGCAGAAUGUAAUUGAAGUAUGAGAUUUUAAAUAUUACAGAACAAAUUUAAAGGUAUUGCCAUUUUUUGAAUGUUCAUUCAGAUGUAGUUUUCAUUUUAUGUAUAUUGGCCAUAAUCACUGAUUUUCAUUCUUUUCAUUGAACUUUUCAUUGCACUGAAAAUACUUUUGUUUAGAUCUUUUAAGGAAGUUAAAUUUGUCUCUAUUCACUAAUAUGAUUUUACAAUCAUCAAUAUGUGUUCAGAAUAUGUUUUAUAUGUAGCACUGUAUAUGUUAAUUUUUUUACUUUUUUCAUUUUGACUUUCACACCAUAGUAAUAACUUUAUAGAUAAAAAGCUUUCAGGAAAGUUUUUAGUUUCCAUGCUACGAAUGGUUUUAAACCAAAUACAUUAGUUGUGUGUCUUUUUCUGUAUUAAAUGCCUUACAUAAAAAACAUUCUCAAAAUAACCAUGUGAUUUUCUGUCAUUGAUGAAUAAAAAAUAUACAAAUUUUUUAUUAAGCAAAAAUGCUUGGAUUAUUUUUGCAUAAAUAAGUGUCAGCAUUUGUAGAAAUCUUUAGAUAUGAGGUUGAGACUAAUUACAACAAUAUUCAAUAUGUGAUACCUUCCGUCCAUUAACAAGUACUUAGGUGUGGACAUAAAUAAUACAUUUUGCAGAAAACUUUAAGUUCAUAAUUUAUGUAAUUGUAUUCAAACUAGUUCAGACAGUCUGUACUGUU